AUGGAGUAUAAAUAUAUAUUGAUAUUAAUAGUUAUAGUUUAUUUACCAGUACUAAUUACAGCUAUUUCCACAGAUCCUGUAACAAAAGUGGAUCCUCGUGAACAAUCUGGAUAUCAGGAAGGUUUAGGAACUGGUAUUGGAAUUGGUAUUGGGAUAUUUGCUGUUAUUGUAAUUCUGGUUUUACUGACAAUAUUUAUAUAUAGAAAAUAUUAUCCAGCCAAUAAGAAAUUACCAGAAGAAAGUUAUGCAACGUUUUCCAAUAGAAUUCCAGAAGAUAGAACAUAUGAAGAUUUAAAUACCCGUCCUGAAGUUAAUGAUAACAAUCAACAUAAUUCUGGAGAUGUAAAAGAAGUUGAAAAUAUAAGAAGAACUUAA